AUGCCAAAAGAUUUCAAAAACACAAAUUUUAACUCUUUCAUGCCAUGUUUCAUUCGAAAUGAAAGUUUCAGUUCAAUAGAUCUUGAUAAGAUUGACGUGCCAUAUCCACUCGAUGAAAAUCUUGUCAGCCUGUUAAAAAACAAUUUGAAUGAAACUGCAAAGAGAACGCCAAAUAGUUUUAUAUUGUAUCGAAAAGCAUUCAAAGAGAUUCUAAUAUAUCAUGGAUUUCGUCUUAGUGCAAGUGAAAUAUCUCGACAGGCAUCGAAAAACUGGAAAGCCCUUGCUGAUCCGGUUAGGCAAGAAUAUGAAAAGAUUGCUAGAGAACUCCGCGAAAGCACCGAAAAAUGUGCCUCUGUAAUUUCUUUUAAGAAUAAAUGGCGUAUUAUCAAGCCUUCCGAUGUACAACGAAAAAUCAACAAAAAGAAAAAUUCGUCCCUGGACAAUCUUUCAGAACCUAAUACAGUAAAUUCAUUUCAAGAACCAACUAUGACGACAAUUAAUACUCAAGAACAUUCUAUAUUUCCAUAUCCAGAUUUAAGUUAUAUCGAUUCACUUUUUACAUAUAAUUUUCCGGAAACUAUGUUUUUAACUCAAAAUCUAAUGAACACAUAUCCAGAACUCUCUAUGAUCCAUUUUUGGGAUAAUACAAGUAUUACAGAUUUUCAAAACAUUUAA